AUGCCUCGUGAGGUCGCCGAUAUCAAGAAGUUCAUCGAGAUCUGCCGUCGGAAGGACGCUUCCUCCGCGCGGAUCAAGAAGAACAAGAAGUCCAACAACGUCAAGUUCAAGGUCCGCUGCCAGACUCACCUGUACACCCUGGUGCUCAAGGACACCGACAAGGCCGAGAAGUUGAAGCAGAGCCUGCCUCCCAGUACGCACCGAAAUGCCCCCUUCUCGAACCGUGUAUCGCCCCGUGAACUCGUUGGGGCAAUUCUCUAUCCAUCGAGCGAACUGGCGACGGCAAAAAUUGACCCGAGGCGCUUUUUACUAAUGUGCUUUUUUGCAGACCUGAGCAUUGCCGAGGUUGGCAAGAAGAACUAA